AUGUGUGGAAUCUUCGCGUGCCACCAUCACCCUGAUGUGCAAAAGUUCAAGCCUACGGCUUUGCGCAUGGCCAAGGCUGUGCGCCACCGUGGUCCCGAUUGGAACUCCGGUGCUCAGCCCCUGGUCAACGACGAUGCUUCCCUCGCCCUUGCCGUCAACGGCGAGAUCUACAACCACCGUAUCCUGCGCAAGAACCUGAAGACCAAAUACAACUUCAAGACUCACUCCGAUUGCGAGGUUGUCAUUCCCUUGUAUAUGGAGCACGGCCUUGAUGCCCCCAAGCACCUCGAUGGCAUGUUCUCCUGGGUUCUCUGGGACAAGAAGCAGGACCGUGUUGUUGCUGCCCGUGAUCCCAUCGGUAUCACCAGCUUCUACCUCGGCCGCUCUUCCACUACCCCCGGCGCCGUCUACUUCGCCUCCGAGCUCAAGUCUCUGCACCCCGUUUGCGACAACAUCAUUGCCUUUCCUCCCGGCCAUGUCUACGACUCCAAGUCUGACACUCUGACUCGCUACUUCGAGCCUACAUGGUGGGACCCCACCAACGUCCCCUCGACCCCCGUCGACUACAAGGUCCUCCGUCACAGCCUCGAGAAGGCCGUCCGCAAGCGUCUGAUGGCUGAGGUUCCCUACGGUGUCCUUUUGUCCGGUGGUCUGGACUCCAGUCUGGUCGCCUCUAUUGCUCAGCGUGAAACUCUCCGCAUGCAGGAGGCUACCCGCAAGGCCAGCAAGGCCGAGCUUGCUGCCUCCUCCGAGCUGGUCGGUAUUGAUGACGAGAACGAGCUGUCCACCGUCACCACCUUCCAGCAGCUGCACUCUUUCUCCAUUGGUCUGCCCGGUGCCCCUGACACCGCUGCUGCUCUGGACGUCGCCAAGUUCCUGGGCACCAAGCACCACGCUUUCACCUUUACCGUUGAGGACGGCCUGAACGCCCUUUCCGAUGUCAUCUACCACCUGGAGACCUACGAUGUGACUACCAUCCGUGCCUCCACCCCCAUGUACCUGCUGUCCCGCAAGAUUAAGGCUAUGGGUGUCAAGAUGGUUCUGUCCGGUGAGGGCAGUGACGAGAUCUUCGGUGGCUACCUGUACUUCCACGCCGCCCCCAACCGCGAAGAGUUCCACAAGGAGACCGUCCGCCGUGUGAAGAACCUGCACCUGGCUGACUGCCUGCGUGCCAACAAGUCCACCUCCGCCUGGGGUCUUGAGGCUCGUGUGCCCUUCCUGGACAAGGAGUUCCUCGAGACCGCCAUGGGUGUCGACCCCGCGGAGAAGAUGAUCAACAAGGAGCGCAUUGAGAAGUACAUCAUCCGCAAGGCCUUCGACACCAGCGACGAGCCCGAUGUCGAGCCCUACCUUCCCGAGAAGAUCCUGUGGCGCCAGAAGGAGCAGUUCUCCGACGGUGUCGGCUACAGCUGGAUCGACGGUCUGAAGGAUGCUGCCGAGCUCCACGUUACCGAUGAGAUGAUGAAGAACCCCAAACCCGAGUGGGGCACCGAUAUUCCCGACACCAAGGAAGCCUACUGGUACCGCACAAUGUUCGACGAGCACUUCCCCCCGUACUGUGCUGGUACUGUCGAGCGCUGGACCCCGACCUGGUCUAAGCAGACCGAUCCCUCUGGCCGUGCGAUUGCAACCCACAACGCCAAGUAUGACCACGUUGAGUAA